AUGUCUAUUUGUGAAAUCUGUUUUAUAAGAGACAAACUUAUUAUUUGUCCUAAAUGCUCUAGAAAUGUUUGUUCAUUGUGCAGUAAAUUGUCAGAUUGUGAUCUUUGCAUUCUAAUUGAAAUGAAAUUUGCAUUUCUAUAUCAACAACAUAAAUCACAAACUGAAGAGCAAGCAUAUCAAUUAUAAUAAAUUAAUGAGAAGAUAAACACUCUUAACCAAGAAAUUUCCUUAAUUUAAAAGGUAAGCUCACAUCUAGAUAAACAUGAAAAUAAAAAAAGUGAUUCCCUAGAGUUUUAAAUGAGUGAAACAAUCAUUGAUAAACAACAUGAGCUUGAAGAUAUUGAAGGUGAAAUUGAAAACUAAAAAGUAAAGUAGAUUGAUUUUAGUAUGAUUUUAGUUGAUGAGGGCAAUGAAGAAUUAAAUGCAUUAAAAAGUUAGCAAUUAAAAUUAUCCACACAAAAUAAGGAGUUGGACUUAAAAAUCAAUGAAGCAGAGAAAGAAUAUGAGGUGCUUCAAGAAACUCUGAAUUUAAAGAAAUAACAAAUAUAUUAGAUCUUAUAAACUCUGAAAAAUAAGACUAGUUUAUUAAGAGGAAGCUAAGAAGAAAAACAUUAUUCUUAAAGCAAUUUAGCACUAACUCUUCCUGGGAAGUAACAAAAGGCUAUUUCAGGAGAAGAAAAAUCAUAAAAUCCAGGAUUAUGUGCCGGAUAGUGUGUGGUAUAAUGA